GGAGGCUGUGUGUCCAAUUAUAGUUUUUCUGACGCGCCAUUCGACGGAUACGGCAGAGCGCAGACAACACAGCGCGGCUCACAACACGGCGCGGCUACAACAGUGCGGAAGGAAACGCAGCGGGAUUACCCUCCAGCUCGCUUAUCUCGCGCUACACGCGUACGAUCUCUCCUUUCGAGGCAGCCGUCGCGCGCUUCGCAUCGUCUCGCCAAGCGCUCUCUCUCUCUCCGUGGCCUCUUUACAGUCGCGGCGGCUGCACGUGCCGUGGCCGCACGCGCCAUCCCGUGCGGCACUGCCUCUCUCCUCUGUCAUAGCGUUUCGUACUUCAAAAUCUGACAAAUUCGCCAACUCUUCUGGACGCUCGUGCGAUUACCCUGUCACCCUGCGCGAUGUCCGGCGUAUACACCAAGAAGUGUCCCGACGAUACGUUCGACGGCUCGGACAACGCACUUCCUGUCGAACUGCAGCGCGUGGCGGAAGCGGAACUGGGCGAGACGCCGGCGAAGAGGCGGGACGCGCUGGCAAGACUCACGCGGCUCCUGCAAGUCGAACCGGGCCUGAACGCCAACCGAGACGCCGAAUUCCUGCUCCGGUUUCUGCGGGUACGGAAGUACAGCGUGGACGCGGCCCUGCAGACCAUCAGGAACUACUACAGGAACCGAGCGGCCACCGAUUCUCUCUACCGCGAGUUCCUGCCCUCCACGGCGCCACCGGCGGCUCGCAAGAUGGUCAUGGUUCUGCCACACAAGGACGUCUAUGGGCGGCCAGUGCUGCUUGUGAAACCAGGUUCAUGGAUGCCCGACGAAGUGUCCUACCCGGAUCUACACAGGGCCGGCUUGUUCUGCUUGGAGCACCUGGCUCGUGACCCAGCUGCACAGGUCCUAGGAAUAGUGCUACUCAUAGACUAUGGCGGAUUCACGGUGAACAAGCUACUAUACACUAGGAUCGGUCUCAUCAGAAGGGGUCUGGAAUACUUACAGGAUUGCAUGCCUAUACGGUUGAAGGCAGCCCACCAUGUUAGACAGUCGUAUGCUUUCGAUGUGUUCUUCGCUCUCGUCAGGCCGUUCAUCAAAACCAAGCUAGCCGAAAGGGUACGCUUACAUGGACAAAAUUUCAAAAGGCUACACGAGGAAAUCUCACCCAAGGCACUGCCCGAGGAAUACCGAGGCCAAGGGCCACCACUGGAUCCCGCGGAAUGUUGGAAGGCAGUGGACGCCGACGAGGAUUACAUCGCCGCUUGCAGCCGCUUUGGAUAUGCCACGACCGACCAGUACGACGACCUUCCCACCGAACCCGAUCCACCAGUGGAACUCACUUCUUUGUGAAGAAAUGAAAAGAGCUGAACCAUUGAGCACACGACUUAGUCGACCAUGUUCUGAUAUGUCAGCAUGUUAGCUGACUUGAAUGAUUUUGACCGUUCGACUGCUGCGCAUGAGUUAGUAGGUUUGAUUUCUCGCUACGGUUCAAUAAGGGAGAGUUGAAAUGAAAAGAAUGCAGAUGAAUGGUCAGACAAAUUUCUCGAUGUGUCUGCUCCCGUACCUGCAUUAUUUCUUGGGUGGAGGGAUACAAUCUUCGGAGAAUAAGAGCUGUGGCAGAUCUUACACUUUCCGUCAUCUCGGUCUGGAGCCCUCCAACAACUUAAGACCCCAUGAGUUGUCAAAAGAAAAUGCUACAACUUUUACAGUGAAUAUUAACCACGUGUAGUGGCUCUGGCAUAGGAACAGAGCUACUCAAGAGAAGAUACCUUAAGCUGCCGAGGGCUUUGGCUUAUGGACUACAAGGUCGCCAAGUCACUACUACAAUUUCUACAUGAGCAGUGGCAUCCACGCUUUUUUUUAUCUAAACGGCUGUACCACACAACAGGCUACACACAAAAAAGAAUAUAGAAAAAAGGGACAGUUAUAAGCUAGAAAAUCUGUGAAGUCGAUCCGAAUCAAAGUGCAAGUCUGCAACUUAGCAUCGGGGAAGGGGAAUGGGAGAAAAAUGUAGUGGUCGAAUCUUGGUGCACUUUAAAGGAAAUCUCAGUGAACUAUGCACUAGCAUGGUCCGACUUUUAUUUACAUUUUUAAAUAUUCUGUCUUGUUUGUAUGUUUAUUCGAGCUGGUGUAACUUUAGCCAAGCGAUGUUGUGCCUGGCGAUCUCUGAGAACAAAGGAUGCUUCACCGGCAGGCAGGCGGCAGUCACGGAUGCUGAUCACGCCUCAUCGUUCACACAAGGCAGCUCAAUCCGUGUCAUCUUAAUCUUACGGAGAAGCAGUCAUUUUCAAGAUCUCUGGCUUUUCGAGCGCCCAGAAAUGACAUCUCGCUUCAAGACAACGACGCCGCCCCCUCGUGACCGUCACGAAGAGGCAAAUGAUCAACGACAGAGACUCAGAGACUCCCGGAGAAAGGACGUCAACAGCGGGUUACGGUUUGCCACGCAGGAGACAGAUGUGCCACGUUAGAGACAAGUGGAGGUUCGACGUUUGUGAUUGGCCAGUGAAUUCCCUGGACGAAGGAAAGAAGGAAAGAAACAACAUAAAAAGCGCAUCCGGACUGCUGUGAGCAAAGGGAGGCUCGGACAUGCAAAGACUCUAGCAUGUAGUGUGCUCCGAGAGUUGGAGCCGAUUUUGUAAUACUUGAUCAUGUGCUUUUAUUUCUAAACCUUUUUCUGUUCCCUUCUUCUGGCGUGGACUUGGCACGGCACCAUCCAUGGAACCUUCGUCGGCCGCACGGACCCCCGACUUCACAGCAGCGAAGGGGAGUACCCGGCAUCACCCAUGAUGCCAACGUCUCCGACAAACACAUCUUAUUUUAAUAAUAAAUAAAA